AUGGAGGCGGACAGCUUUGUGACCCGGGCGCCCGUCGAAGCAUCGGGAGACGGGAGGGAGAUCCGAUGGCUGGGAGGCAGGAUUCUGGACGCGACUGGAGCUUUUCCCCGGAGUUUGCCUUUCACGACGCCCCUUAUGGAACAGGACUUUGGCCCCGCGGCGGUGGUGCAUCGAGCCACCACGCCGAUGGAGAGCUCGGCAUCCGCGGAUACAGAGAUAGACUAUGAAGGCUUGCCCCAGGGAGUAGCCACCAGUACGCACAUGUUGGCAGGGUCCGUGGCUGGUAUCAUGGAGCACUGUGUAAUGUACCCCAUCGACUGUGUUAAGACACGGAUGCAGAGUCUACACCCAGAGCCUGGCGCUCGCUAUCGCAACGUGAUGGACGCACUGCGGCAGAUCGUGCGCACGGAGGGCGUGUGGCGGCCGAUCCGCGGGGUCAACGUGCUCGCUGUGGGGGCGGGGCCUGCACACGCGCUCUACUUCGCCUGCUACGAGAAACUCAAGUUCAGCCUCAGCGACGCCAUCCACCCGGGAGCUAACAGCCACUUAGCUAACGGUUUAGCCGGAUGCAUGGCCACGGUGAUCCACGACGCCAUCAUGAACCCGGCUGAAGUGGUGAAGCAGCGAAUGCAGAUGUUCAACUCCCCGUACCGCGGCGUGGUCCACUGCGCCUCCUCGUUGCUGCGGCGCGAGGGUGCGGGCGCCUUCUACCGCAGCUACAGCACGCAGCUCACCAUGAACGUGCCCUUCCAGGCGCUACACUUCAUGACCUACGAGUCCCUGCAGGAGACCCUCAACCCCCACAGACACUACAACCCCACCUCCCACAUGGUCUCCGGGGCGCUGGCCGGAGCCAUCGCCGCCGCCGCCACCACGCCGCUGGACGUGUGCAAGACGCUGCUGAACACGCAGGAGGCGCAGGCCGUGAUGGUGCAGGCCGAGGGGACGGGGGCGGCGGUGGGAGCCAGGCAGAUCUCGGGGCUGGGGGAAGCGUUUCGGACUGUGUACAGAAGCGGAGGCCCUGCAGCGUUCUUCAAGGGCGUCCAGGCGAGGGUGAUCUACCAGAUGCCCUCCACCGCCAUCAGCUGGUCGGUCUACGAGUUCUUCAAAUACAUCAUCACCAAGAGGCAACACGAGCGGCUACUUAAGUGA